UUGAAAAUUCUGGCAAUAUAAACUAUAUGGUUGGUAGAGCUAUUUUAACUUCAAAGAAUGACAAAGUUGAAAAAAUCUCUGAUAUAAUUAUGAACCAGCUUCCAGGCAAAGUUUAUACAUAUUACAGUGCAGACUCUAUAGGUUUAGAGAAUGGUAAUAUGGAACAGCCCCAAUUGUAUUCCUCUGAAUUUUUAAGAUCUCUAAAGAUUUAUGGUCUCCCUCUUGGUGAAUUAAAGUUAAAAGUAGAGAAUACUUAUUAUACUUUAUGA